AUGACAGAGGGCAGUGAAACCCAGCUGGGAGCUGUCAUCCCGACGGUGAAUUUCCUUAAGCCAAAAACUAAGAUGAAAAUCGGACGUUGGAAUGUAACGACUAUGUACCAGACUGGAAAACUGGCUCAAGUCAUCAAAGAAAUGAACAAUUACAUCGAUAUCCUAGGAAUCAGUGAAACGAGGUGGACAGGAGCAGGCAAAAUGCAGCUUGCAAAUGGACAAACACUGCUCUACUCAGUACGACAGGACAAUCACCACUCAGAAGGCAUCGGUAUCAUCAUAAGAAAGAAACUAAGAAAAUCAUUGAUGGAAUGGAAUCCAGUUGGAUCAAGAUAUUUCACCAUUGUAUCGUGCUAUGCUCCAACUGAGGAUGCUGAGGAAGAAGAUAAAGACAUCUUCUAUGACCAGUUGCAGCAGAUCCUUCAAAAUGUCCAGCACAUGAUAUGUUGCUUAAAGUGGAGAAGUUCUUUACAAGACGUAAAGGCAAGACGAGGUGCAGAUGUUGCUAGUGACCAUACCCUAGUGAUUGGACUCCUAUCACUUAAACUGCGCAAGACAAAGAAGGAACAGGAAAGAGGCUUACAGUUCGAUUCCACAAAACUGAAAGAUACCGAAGUAAGAAAAUCCUUCCAAGUCGAACUCAGAAACCGUUUCAAAGCCUUAGAAGCGGGAGAUGAAAUAAACAUUGAAACCUUCAACAAAAUUAUUGUGCAAACAGGAGAGAAGAUCCUUGGAUACAAAAAGAAGAAAAAAGAAGAGUGGAUCCCAAAAGAGACUUGGGAAAAGAUUGCUGAAAGAAAAGAAACAAAAAGGAAAAUGAAUGCUUCCAGCUCACAGAGGCUUAAAGAUCGUUUCAAAAACAAAUACUCGGAGCUGGACAAGGAAGUUAAGAAGACGGCAAAAUAUGACAAGAAAGUCUACAUAGAGGGUUUGGCAGAUCAAGCAGAGCAAGCUGCACAAAGACAGGAUUCGAAAACUCUAUACAGAAUCACAAAAACUCUGAUGGGAAGAAACCAUCAUAAUGACCUACCCGUCAAGGAUAUGAAUGGAAACAUCAUAACAAACGAGACCGAAAAGUUCGCCAGAUGGAAAGAUCACUUCCAAAGCAUACUGAACAGAGCAAAACCAAACACCCUAGCAGAAAUUCCAGAAACAGACCAAGACCUUGACAUGAAUGUUGAUCCACCAACACUCACAGAAGUGAAAAAUGCCCUUAGAGCUAUGGAGAAUGGAAAGCACCAGGUGCAGAUGGGGUAA